GUUGUGAUUGGGCCUGUUCUGGCCUCUGAUUGGCUGGCUCAGUCUCACCCUUCACGCGAUAGUUGUCGGUCACACCGCUGCGGCAGGUAAUAAUCAAUCAAUCAGCCUCAUUAGCCUGCAGUCCUGGAGCAAUCCGCUCCGUGACCCUGCGUCGCUUAAUUGAUUAUUAGUGCAAGUUUAUUGGUUUUCCUACUGUCGCAAUGGAGGAAGACUGUGAAGCUGAAGAGUUUGACUGUCCAAGCCUUCUGUGUGAGGAACUGGAGGAUUUGGAAACAAAGAAUGACCAAGCGAGGCAGAGGAGGAGGGAAGGAGAGGAGGAAGUGUUCAAUCAGAGGGAGGAUGAAAAGUCUGGAGAGGAGACAGACCGAGAGGACAAGGAGGGGGAGGAGAAAGAAAAGACAGUAGUUAUGUCAGAAAAGGAACUGAUUGCGACAGAGGGAGAAGAGGAGGAGCAGGUGAAGCCAGAGAGUGGGCCGGGAGCGGAGGAGGCACAGGAGGUACAGAUGGAGGAGGUUGAGAAGAAGGAAACAAUGGCUGAUAAGCGAGAGGACAAAAAGACAAAAACUCUAGAAGAGAAAGAUGAGAAGAGAAAGAGCAGGAGGAGGCGAGGGAAGAAGCAAAGUGAACGAGUGAGAAACAGGAGAGGUUUAAAAGAUGUUAGUGAGCGCUUUGAGGAGGAAAAGGAGAGUCAGAUACAGGAGAUGAUGAGCUCAGAGGAGAGCUUGGCUCUGUCGGAGCCUCCCAUCGGACUGAUGAACAGCUGCGACCUGUCUGAUCCUGUCUACCUGGGCUGUGGGGGGACAGGGCUGUACUGCCCCCCGGUCCCUCUCCCCCUGCUGUACCCCUCACAGCCUCCAGUCCCCAUCCAACCUGCGCCUCCUCAGCCUCACGGGACAAAAAGGCCACACAGCCCCCUUCUGCCUCACAGUGUCCCCCAGCACGGCCCGCAGCCUCUCGAGAUGGAGAUAACCCAGGUUUACUCCACCCGACGAUCCAUUCGAUACAGCAGCAGGGGUCGAGGCCGGGCUCUGAGCUUCCCUCUGCUGCCGGGAUUAGAGACAGUGGACAGCUGCCUGCUUCCUCCUGCACGGAAGAAGACACGAACACUCUACAGUACCGAUCAGUUAGAGCAUUUAGAGGCCUUGUUCCAGGAGGACCACUAUCCUGACGCAGACAAGAGGAAAGUCAUCGCUGCUUCAGUUGGUGUCACACCUCAGAGGAUUAUGGUCUGGUUUCAGAACCGCAGGGCUAAGUGGAGAAAAGUGGAGCGCUCCAUCACAUCGAGGGUUGAACACAGACAGAGCAGAGCUGGAUGCAGCAGCAGCAGCAGCCCCCCACUUCACCAAAUCAAUCCCAGUCUGCCCACACUGGCACCCAACAGUAAGGGAGUGCCUUCUUUUUCUAGUCACUUUACCAACAAGCCUCCCCAGUUCGCCCCUGUAGCCCUGUCUUUCCCCGCCCAGUCCAACCAGACUCCGCCCUCCUACAGCAACCUGCUGGCCAGCCUCAACAGCCCAGGUCAAUCCAGAAUGAGAGAUAUGGGCCAGCACCAGCUUUCAUCUCAGGGGGGGUUGGCAGAGUACCACCCCCGCCCCAUGCACAGCCCUCCCCCACUGCGACGAGCCAGUCUCCCCCUUUUCACAACGACCUACAACCCUGCCAACCCAACCCCACCUCUCCUUAACACCCUGGCCCACACUCCACCUCUGUUCCUGGACGCUCUGGAGGGGGGCUCCGCCAUGGCCCAUCGUGACACCCAGUCUCUGCAGACUGACACCAGUUCUCUGUUUGACUUUGGGGAGAAGCUUGACUACCUGACCUCAGCUCAGCAGAACAACCCUCUGUCCUACCAGCUCCAGACCUCCUACCCCACCAGCCAGCCCCAGCACCAACCUCAAGCAUCUCUGCCCCGCAUGGCCUACCUCACCCCCUCCCCCUACCUCACCCCUAACCCUCCAGAUUCCAACCCUACCUCUUACCUGACCUUUGGCCCCGGAGGAAACUCCACUGGCAUGGUGACCUACUCCAAUGGAGGCCACGCCUACUUCCAGUCCCAGAGCGCAGGCCAAAUCCUGCUGCAGUCGACUGGUCAUCACGGUGGGAUCACAGCGUACCAGUCGUACCCGUGGGGCAGCAUGUACAGUCAGCCGGCCAUCCACCAGCAGCGUACUCAGUGCCCUCCAACCUACCCCGGCAGCUUGGGAGGUGCACGAGAUCACCAGCCAGCCUCCUCCACCACCCUGCCUCCCCCUUCAUUCUUCGCCCGAGGGGACCACGGGCCCCCACAUCCCAACUCCCAGCGCUCAUCACACACCCAUACACACACCAGCAGCAGCAGCAGCAGCACCACUGUCCUCCCUCCUGUGUCCACCCUGCGGCCCUCUCGCCUCAGAGCGGAGAUCACUCCAACCAGGGCUACAUCCCUGCUGCCUUCUCAGGUCAGCCCUGCCUCUCCACACAGCUCUCCAGUGCCAUCUUAUGUCAAGAUUGAGUAUGACAGCCCCCGAGAAAUUCACAGCCACUUCCACUGCGACUUCUCCCCUAUACAUUUUUGAGUUCUUACACUUUUGUUUGUGUGAGAGUGUGUUUGAAGUGUUAAUCUAUCCUUUGUAAAUAUGAGUAUUUCUCUGUUUUCCAUUUCUAUUACUAUGAGGAUGUUGUCAGUAUGAAUAUUAAUGUAAGUAGGCUGGGUUGGGCUGCGUUUAGCUUGGCUGCAAUAAAUCCUCCUUGUUCUGGUAAAA